AUGUCAUGGUUAUUUGGAAAAUCAAGCAGUAGUCAAACAGAUGAUGCUUCUCUUAAACAAACCCUUGGCUUUGACCCUAAGGAAGUCACCGACGUCCACGCCAUGAUCCAAUCACCUAACUUAUACACAGCAUCUCAACUUCACCCAUUAGCAGGAUUGGAAAAGGGAGUAGAAUAUCUUGAUUUAGAAGACGAAAAACUUAACGCUGUUGAAGGCUCUCAAGGUAUAAUCCCUUCUCGAUCAUGGAGUGACGACUUAUGUUACGGUACCGGGGCCGUUUACUUACUCGGUCUUGGACUUGGUGGUGCCUAUGGUUUACAAGAAGGGGUCAAGAACAUCCCUGCCAACGCCCCACCUAAAUUAAAAUUAAACACCGUGUUGAAUCACAUCACCAAGAGAGGACCGUUCUUGGGUAAUAGUGCCGGUGUCUUGGCAUUAACUUACAACUUGAUUGACUCAUCCAUCGAUGCCAUAAGAGAUAAACACGACGAUUACAAUUCUGUGGCUGCUGGUGCCCUUGCCGGUGCCUUGUUCAAGAGUAGUGCUGGUGUUAAGCCUAUGUUUUAUGCUUCUGCAUUGAUGGCAUUGGGUGCUGGUGCUUGGUGUGGUAUAAAGAGAGCAUUUAAUUCAAAUACUGAACCUCAAGCUUUGGUAUAG